UUCGUCUGAAGCUAUCACAGUUUGCUAAAAAUGAAGUACUUAUUUAAAUUUAUACUAUUUUUAUUGGGUUUGCUGGUCCCUGGAAAUUGGGCUGUGGAUUCAGAAGUGGGGGCUGUUGUUGACAUAACCCUUGCCCCCAAAACAACCCCGGUGGCACACUUCAAUUUCAUUUUGGACUAUUUGGGAUCCACUACAACAGAAAAAAUCACUACAAAAAAAGAGUUUACUACAACAGAAGAGUUCACUACAACAGAAGGAUCCACUACAACAAAGGGAUCCACUACAACAGAAGAAACCUCUACAACAGAAGAAUCCACUACAACAGAAGAAACCACUAGAACAGAAGAAACCACUACAACAACGACAACAUUUGACCUCAUUUCCCUACUUACACCCAAAAAAAUCACAAAAACUCUAGAAAAGUCAGCAGAAAAGUGUUAUCUGAAAAGCGGUCAGGAUAACAGCGAAAAAGACUUAGAAAUGACGACAUAUUGUUAUCGCUGCUGCUACAAUGUAAACGAAUGUGUCAGCAGAUGCCAAAAGCUUCACAAGGAACGUUGUUCCUGGAGUGAUUUUGCACCUGUGCAAAGGAGUUUACUACAACUACAACAACGAAACCCACUACAACUUUCACACCAGAGUUCACUACAACAACGGAAGUAACAACAACUUCAACAACGGAACUCACCAAAACAUUCACAGCAGAGUCCACCACAACUUCAACAACGAAACCCACCACAACUUCCACAGCAGAGUUCACUACAACUACAAAAACGAAUCCCACUACAACUUCCACACCAGAGUUUACUACAACAACGGAAAUAACAACAACUUCAACAACGGAACCAACUUUAUCUUCAACAACACAAAAAGAUCCAAUUGUACCGACCUACAGACCACCAUAUGUAAGACCCACGACUUCAAAGAGACCUUGGAGCUGGAGCAAGCCGGCAGAUAAUUGUUAUCUAAAAGAACAACAAGAGUACAGCAGGACUUGUUAUGGAUGGGGCUGGCAGCAGACGACUGUUUGUUAUCGCUGCUGCUAUUACGAUUACACCGGAAUCGCCGGAUGCAGUAAACUUCACAAGGGGCGGUGUUCGUGGUACAAUUUUGAUCGAUGGUCAAUACAGACUGUAUAUGACGCCUUUAUGAUAUAAUUAAAGCCACAGUCGAAUUCCCAUGACUCAAAACAGCAUCUUCCAACACAUUUUUUUAAUAACUAAAACUUCUAGUAAAGAGCAUUUGGACUAUUACCACCUUAAAACUUCUUAUAUACACAUCGAGCUACAGAAGUAUCAGUAUCCUAAACAAUAGUAAUUAAAUAAAAGCAGAGCAUUAUCAUCAUUAUA